AUGGCACAACACAAAGAAAUGCUCAUAUGUAUCGACUUUGGAAUGACAGGCUCUGUAGCACGCUGGCGCGACAACCAGCCUGAGGAGAAAUGGACACAGCAAGAAAUCAAGACUCCAACUACGCUUGAAUACGACGCCAAAGGCAAUCUCAUUUCGUGGGGGACACCUGCAACGAAUCCCUACAACAAGUUCGUCGAGUGCUUCAAGACAUACAUUGGCAGUGGCCCCAUUCCAGACUUCCCUGAUGCACCAAAAUCGAGGCAGGAAGUAUUCCGUUGGUUUGAGGACUACCUAACAGCAAUCUGCAAGCAAACGACAGAGGAAAUCGACAAGGUAAAUCACAACUGGAGGGAAGGGAACAUCAUCUGGAAUUUCACAGUGCCAGGCUGCUGGCUCAUUUCCACCGCCAUUCGGGAUUUCACGCUCCUGGCCGAAGACGCCGUGUAUUCCUGCCUCCCAAGUACGAGUAAAGAAGACAUCCGCAUCAAUACCGACCUCACCGAAGGCCAAGCAUCAGCACAAUGCCUGUUGAGCGAUAGCACUGUCGCCAGAUGUCAUAAACUUGCGAUUGGAGACAUGGUCAUAUCUUGUGAUAUUGGCGGAGCGACAACAGACAUUGCCAUUUCAACAAUCUCUGAGGGUGGCGAGCUAAUCACAGCGCCCCAGCUGACGUUCAUUCCGGAGGGUCUUGUGAGCACCGACAAAAAGUUCUGGAAGCUUGCACAUGAUACACUUUGCAAUGUACUGGAUCAAUUGACGGCAGCCACCGUAGCGUGGGAGAUGACCAGAGGGCGAAACUAUUUGAAUGCCCGGAAUGCAUUUUGUGGUUCAAGGCAGGGGGGUCGCAUUGAAAUCGGUUUGCCUAACGGAGUAGAAAUCCAGGAUUGGCCAUCACAGAGCUCGGGAUCUCAUGAGAGUACAACCACUGUGAUGAACCAGUCACUGAGCAUGCAUAGAAAUGUCUUCGCGUCAUUGUUGGAGGAGUUGGCCGAGCAGAUUGAAACUGCAAUCGAUGGCGCUAUCCGUGAGAUGGCCAUAUUGAAAAGAGUUCCGAACUUAAUAGGAUUUUGCGGUGGCGGAUCACAAUCACCGUACCUCAUGGACCGCUUUCAACGCAGGUAUAGAGGUCUGACCGUCGUAGACCACCGUCAGCUGAGCGUCUUGCCGAUCAUGGCAACUGUUGUAGGCUGCAGUGUAGCUUGUGAUCGAACGCAGCUCCUGAAGUUUGUCGAAGGAACACGCUUUGGUAUCCAGACAAAGGGCGGACUGAAGUGGCAAGCUGCAGAGAAGUCCAAGAACGGAUCAACCUUUUCCGCCGCUCUCGAAUGCAAGGUUCUCUUUCCAUGUAGUACCCACAUCAAAAUCAAAGGCCAAGAAACCAAAAGACACAUGAUAAUUGCCGGUCCCAGUGAAGUCGGUUCUGAGAAAGAUAUACUAGACCAACAAGUGCCGGGCUGUAAAACUUGGACUGUCGAAAUAGACCUCAGCAAUUAUGGAAGACGGAUCAUGUCUCCGAGGAUCAAGUAUGAGAUCGUGUGCAGGAUCCUAGGCAGAUGGCACGUCCAGAUCGAGGCUCGCUCGGCGCGAGACGGAGUGUCUAUUCCAUGUAAAGUCGUUGAAGGGAAAGGAACCUAG